AUGCCGCGGGUGUACAUCGGCCGCCUGAGCUACCAGGCCCGGGAGCGCGAUGUGGAGCGCUUCUUUAAGGGCUACGGGAAGAUCCUGGAGGUGGAUCUGAAGAACGGAUAUGGGUUUGUGGAGUUUGAUGAUCUGCGUGAUGCAGAUGAUGCUGUUUAUGAACUAAACGGCAAAGACCUUUGUGGUGAGCGAGUAAUUGUUGAGCAUGCCCGCGGCCCACGUCGAGACGGCAGUUACGGUUCUGGACGCAGUGGAUAUGGUUACAGAAGAAGUGGCCGAGAUAAGUACGGCCCUCCUACCCGCACAGAGUACAGACUUAUCGUGGAGAAUUUGUCAAGUCGGUGCAGCUGGCAAGACCUAAAGGAUUAUAUGCGUCAGGCGGGAGAAGUGACCUAUGCAGAUGCUCACAAGGGCCGUAAAAAUGAAGGGGUGAUUGAAUUUGUGUCUUACUCCGACAUGAAAAGAGCUUUGGAAAAGUUAGAUGGAACUGAAGUCAAUGGCAGAAAAAUCAGAUUAGUCGAAGACAAGCCCGGUUCCAGACGCCGCAGGUCCUAUUCCAGGAGCCGGAGUCACUCCAGGUCUCGUUCCCGGAGCAGACAUUCUCGUAAGAGCAGAAGCCGAAGCGGCAGCAGCAAAAGCAGUCAUUCGAAGAGCAGAUCUCGGUCCAGGUCGGGCUCCCGUUCCCGGAGCAAGAGCCGCAGCCGCAGCCAGAGCCGCAGCCGCAGCAAGAAGGAGAAAAGCCGGAGCCCCAGCAAGGACAAGAGCCGCAGCCGCAGCGCGGACAAGCGCCGCAGCAAGAGUAAAGACCAGGCCGAAGAGAAGAUCCAGAACAGCGACAACGCCGGCAAGUCCAAGAGCCGGAGUCCCAGUCGGCACAAAAGCAAGAGUAAAAGUCGAAGCAGGAGUCAGGAGAGGCGAGCGGAGGAGAAGCGGGCGAGCGUGAGCAGAAGCAGAAGCAAGGAGAAGAGCCGGAGCCAGGAGAAGGGCCUGCACAAGAGCCGCAGCCGCAGCCGCAGCAAAGGAGGCAGCCGCAGCCGCAGCCGCAGCAAAAGCAAGGACAAGAGGAAGGGGAGGAAGAGGAGCAGGGAGGAGAGCCGCAGCCGGAGCCGCAGCCACAGCAAGAGCGAGAGGAGCAGAAAGCGGGGCGGCAAGCGAGACAGCAAGUCGGGCAGCGGCAAGAAGAAGAAGAAGGAGGACGCCGAGCGCUCCCAGUCCAGGUCGCGCUCCCGCUCUGCCUCCAAGGAGCGCGAGCACGCGAAGGCCGAGUCCGGCCCGAGGGAGGGCCGAGGGGAGAGCGCGGAUGCUAGCGCCCAUCAGGAGACCCGGUCCCGGUCGAGGUCCAAUUCCAAGUCCAAACCGAACCCUCCGUCAGAAUCACGCUCCAGAUCAAAGUCCGCUUCAAAAACCCGGUCUCGGUCCAAGUCCAGAUCCAGGUCUGCGUCCAGAUCGCCCUCUCGGUCUAGAUCCAGGUCCCACUCGCGGUCCUAACUGGCUACGACCACAGCUGGAACUCCCCGAGAAGUCUUUUGUACAUGUUUGGUAGCCGUAGCACAAGUGAUCGAAGUAGAACAUACGUCACUGCUGUACAUUUUUAACUCCCCUAAUGGUGUGUCUACAAUUGUUAAAUCUAAGUGCUUCCUCUCCG